CAGCAAAACCGUCCAACAACUAAAAGGCGAUUUUCAGUGAAACUUAAAACACGCACAAACAAUCUCAAACACAAAGACGCUGCUUUUAUUUAUUUAUUUAUUUUUUGUUGAAAAAAAAAAGGGAAAUGGUUUAAUCUUUUUUUUGAAUUAAGUAAAACCAGCUCAGCAACUCGGGGAAAGAGUUGAACUUCUAUUCAGAAGCCAUAACCCUUGAUUUCGAAGAGCCAAUCUGCUAUUACGGGUCCCUUUACCAGAAUCAAAUUUCAACAGCCUUGGAUUCAUGGCAAGCGAGCAGAACCAAAUUUAUCACGAAAAGCAAAGAUUACAAUUUUGCCUCUUACAUUCCCUUAACAAUCUCUUCCAGCAAAAGGAUGCAUUCACUCGAGCCACUUUGAAUUCUAUAGCUGAAAGACUCGUUCUUGAUGACCCGGAAAAGGAAAUUUGGACACCCUUUUCUUUAGUCUUUAAGCCUCACCAUAAUUCAGUUACUGGCAACUAUGAUAUAAAUGUCCUAAUUGCUGCACUUGAAGGGAGAGGGAAGACUGUGAUUUGGCAUGAUGGUCGAAAUGGGGCUUCGGCUAUCGACCUUAAUGAUGGAUUGUUGAUGGGAAUCGUGGUUAAUGUUCCUGUUAGACGGUAUGGUGGACUUUGGAAAAGUAGGCAUUGGAUUGCGGUGAGAAAGAUCGAUGGAGUUUGGUACAAUUUGGACAGUGAUCUUCAGGCACCUCACUGUUUUAAGGAUUGUGGAGAAGUUAGGGAAUUCUUGAAUUUUAUCAUCAAUCAUGAUGGCCAGGUUUUGCUUGUAAAAAAUGAUAAUACACAAUGAGCUUUCUUCACCCUGAAUUAUUUGGAAAUUGGAAUGUAAACCUUGAAAAGCUGUGUAUUUAUUUUGUACUUUUGAAAGAUUAAGAUGCAGUUUACUAGAGAAA